GAUCAUCUCCAGGGGCUUAUACGUUACAAGUUGUUUCUCCAAUCAAACGUUUCCGAAUGAAUAUGUUUGUUUCUGAGUGUAGAUAUUUUCUGUUUUGUGUUGCAUGAUGUUUCUGAAUUCAAAUCAACGUUUUUUCAAGUUAUGUGUUUACAUCAUUGUAACAGGACGUUUAAUCUAUGGAAACACCAUAGGAGGAGGCUUUACGUGAUAGUGUGGUCAUCUUCGUCUCCAGAAGACCUUCCAUGGAGGUUGGUCUACGUGUGGUGAGGGGUCCUGACUGGAAAUGGGGAAAUCAAGAUGAUGGGGAAGGUCAUGUGGGAACUGUUGUCGAAAUUGGAAAACCCGGCAGUUCCACAUCUCCAGAUAAAACUGUCGUUGUGCAGUGGGAUUCAGGAUCUCGUACUAAUUACAGAGUCGGAUAUCAAGGUGCUUAUGAUCUAAGGACUCUGGAUAAUGCACCAUUAGGUGUGAAACAUCCAAACAUUAUCUGUGAUUCUUGCCGGAAACAGGGUAUAGCUGGAAUGCGCUGGAAGUGUACUCGGUGCUAUGAUUUUGAUCUCUGCACUCAGUGUUAUAUGUCAGACAAACAUGAUUUGACUCAUCCAUUUCUAAGACUAGAAACAGCGGCAUCAACUGGUGUAGAAAUGCCAAAAAGACAAGGUGCUGUUCGCCUGCAAAUGAAAGGAAUUUUUGUUUCAGCUAAAGUUGUUAGAGGACCAGAUUGGGAUUGGGGCAAUCAAGAUGGUGGAGAAGGAAAAACUGGAAAAGUUCUUGACAUUAGAGGAUGGGAUAAUGAAUCUGAGAGGAGUGUUGCAAAUGUAACUUGGUCAUCUGGCUCAACUAAUGUUUAUCGCUUAGGUCAUAAAGGAAAAGUUGAUCUUAAAUAUACCCAAGAUGCUGUUGGUGGUUAUUAUUACCGAGAUCAUCUACCAAUCCUUGGUCAAAUUGUUGAGGACAAUAGUAGCAAACCCACCGCUUUAAACCAUCCAAGAUUUAGUGUUGGAGAUAAGGUCCAAGUGUUGCUGGAUAUCGAAACACUAAAAAUUAUGCAAGAAGGGCAUGGAGGAUGGAAUCCAAGAAUGGCUGAGUUUGUUGGCAAAGUAGGCACUGUACAUCGAGUGACUGACAAAGGCGAUAUACGUGUUCAAUAUGAAGGCUGCAACAAUCGCUGGACAUUUCAUCCUGGAGCAUUAAAAAAGGUUCAACUUUUCUCUGUUGGUGACAUGGUUAGAAUAAUUGAAGACAUGACUAAAAUGAAAGAGCUUCAAAAAGGCCAUGGUGAAUGGAUUGAAGUUAUGAAAGUGGCACUAGGGAAAACUGGAAAAAUAACAAAGAUCUAUUCUGAUGGUGAUCUAAGAGUUAAUGUUGAUGGGCAGACAUGGACAUUUAAUCCACUAUGUGUUACAUCUGUGCCAGGAACAGCUACAGAAAUGAAUAAUACAAUGACAGCCAAUCAGAGGGAAGAACAUACGCAUCCUUUGUUGGGCCAUUUAUUAGUUGAACCUCAUCAGUUAGAAAUUGCCAGUUCAGAUAGAUUAGUCCGUGAAGCAGCUCAAGGUCACACAGAUGUUGUCAGAGACUUAUUGCAAAAAUUUCCUGAUAAGGUUGACCAAAAAAGCUCAGGAAAAACAGCUUUGCAAGUUGCCAGUCAUCAAGGCCAUUUAGAGAUUGUUCGAUUGUUAUUAGCUGCUGGCAGUAGUCUUGAAGUCCAAGAUGAUGAUGGUGACACAGCUCUACAUUAUUCAGCUUUUGGCAACCAGCCUGUUGUUAUGGAUUUGCUUUUAAAGAAAGGUUCUGAUAUAGAUACUGUGAAUAAAGCUCGAUGUAGUCCUUUACAUGUUGCAGUCAAUAAGCAGCAUCUUGAUUGCGUAAAAGUUUUGCUUAAGCAUCAUUGUAAUGUAAAUAUUCAGGAUUCCUAUGGUGAUACUGCUUUACAUGAUGCAAUUAGCAAGGAAAAUUUGGAAAUCCUUGAUCUUCUAAUAAACAUUCCAGAGAUUGACUUCACCUUAAAGAACAAAAGAGGUUUCAAUGUUCUACAUCAUGCUGCUCUGAAAGGAAAUAAUUUUGCAACAGAAAGGUUAAUAAGCAAGUCAAGACAAAUUGUUGAUGGCAAAAAAGAUGAUGGUUUUGCUGCACUUCACCUUGCUGCCUUGAAUGGACAUUUCCAUGUUGCUGAGACAUUACUUAUGCAAGGGCAUUGUGAAAUAGAUGUACGAAACAACCGUAAACAGACUCCAUUACUUUUAGCCAUUAGUCUGUGCCAUUGUUCAUUGGUAGAACUUUUAGUGUCCUUAGGAGCUGAUGUCAAUGUAGAAGAUGAAGAUGGAGACACUGGAUUACAUCUUGCUGUCUCAAGGCAAAACAAUAGAGAGGACGGCUAUCUUGCUGAUGCACCAACUAUAUCUAAUAUUUUGGCUCAUAUUAGUGGUUUAAAUAUGGACAAAAAUUAUGGACUUGCAAUGGCUUGUUACUUAGCCCAAGAGGGUGCAGAUUUGCAUCAUAAAAACCGUAAAGGUAAAACACCAUCUGAGCUUGUACAUAGUUCAACUGCUCUAGAUCUAUUACAACAUUAUGCAGCAUUAAAAAUGAUUAAGUCAAAAGCACAGUGUUUGCCAGUAUCAGGAGAAAGCAGCGAAACACCCCAAUCUGAAUCCAAGACCCCAGAAUUAGAAUGUGUGAUAUGUUCUGAGGCACCUGGUGUUGUGACAUUUGACCCUUGUGGACAUAAAGUUACAUGUGAAGAAUGUUGUCUUCGAAUGAAGAAAUGUAUAAUAUGCCAAGAAAUAAUUUUGAAGAAAACUGCUUCUGGUGGACGUGUUUUGUCCUCUAAAUGUCGCCAAGCAAGUGUUGAGAGGUUGCGCUAUUUAGAAAGCAAAAUUCAAGAAAUUGAAGAAGCACACAGUUGUUCCAUUUGCAUGGAAAGAAGACGAAAUGUUGCAUUCAUGUGUGGACAUGGAGCAUGUGUUACUUGUGCUCACACACUGAAAACAUGCCACAUGUGUCGUAAACCUAUAACCAAAAAAAUCAACCUGUAUUAGUUUUUGCAUCAAUUUCUAAUCAGACUUCUGGUUGUGUAAAAUAAGAGAAUAAGCUUCAUUUUAGAGCUGAGCUGAUAGAAAAUUAUUUACUACAUUCUAUGACAGAAUACUUCAUAAAAACUGAAUGAUGUGGACUAAAUGAUAAUGGAGUUAUAUCCUAAUGUUCUGAAAUUACCUCAUCUUCUAAGUUAUGUUAGUAUUAUGAACUUGCUUACAAAAAAUUUACAGUUGGUUUCAAUCUAAUUCAACAAAGUUACAUUUUAAGUAUUUAAAUUUUACUAUAUGAAAUUUUAUCUUAGGACAAAUUUCUUAGAAAUAAUGUUUUAUGUAUUUAACAAAGUUCAUAUGUAAAAGUAUGUGUAACAAAGACUUAUAUUCCAUUGCCUCUGGCAGACACCAAAAUUUUUCAUAUCAUUGAUUCAGCUAAUGUAAACUUCAUAUCUAUCUUGAGCUUGCCUAAUGAGUCUUCAAUUCUGUCUUUGAGUAAGAUUAUGUAAAGUAACACAUAUUAAAUGUUUUUCAGCCAAUUUCCAUGUAUAUGUACAUGCUGUUUCAGAUAGUGAAAGUUUCAUCUUCUUUCCUUCUGUAAUAUGAAAAUAAUGAAUUUAACAAUUAGUGCAUUUUUCAUGGUUCAUACACUUUGAAAAAUAGAACAUAAUUUUUAAGAUCUUAAAAAGUAUUUGAAAUCCCAUUAUUUUCUUAUCUUUUUUAACUUUUUAGUUUUAUAUUUGUUUAAAAUUCAGUUUUUAUUAAAGUUAUUAAAAAUAUUAUUUAAUAUUAUUCCAUUAAAUUUUUAUUGAUAGUUUAAGCCUUAACUCAAAAAUGGAUUUAUGGGAUUUUGCUGAUUGCAGAUGCAAGAAGUUACGUGUUCCAAGGAGCUCCCAUAUCAUGCUCUGGAUUCAGAGGAAAACACUGCAAAAAUUUGAAACCUUUAUACAUUGUAUCUUAAGCUGAGGGGCCCCCAACUAUCAAGCCCAGCAUCUAAACAUAUUAAAAAACAUCAACUUAAAAUAAAAAUAUUCUGACCUUGAGGAAGAGAGACCCAUGGCUAAGUUCCUCAAAAUCUCUCCAAACUAAGGUUGCUUUUUUGUGUAAUAAGAACUUCGUAACUGUUUUGCUGGAAAGAUUAAAAGUAGAUCAGUUAUAUAUAUAAAAAAAAAGAUUAAAUGCAUACAACUGCAGAUAUAUUGUUAUAAAAGUUUUAAAAUGCUUUGAAAGGUAACAAUUAAAAAAAUAGCGAGAAUUAUAUGUAUAAAAUUCUGUUUUCAGAUUAUUCCACAAUUUGUUUUUUGCAGAUUGUUUGAGUUUAUUCUUGCAUUAAGUGUAUGAACCACGAUUCUACAAUUUUAGAUCCACUUUCAUUUAUUAUAAAAUAUUGAAGAUGGGUACAACAUUCUGAAAUUUAAAUAUUUAGAUUUUUUUAAAAAUCUCUUUUGCAAAUUGCUUGUAAAUGCCAUUUUAUUCUUUCUACAUAUGUUCUCAGGUCUUGUAUGAUUUUGCUCCACAUAUUAAUAUUUUUGUAAAACUACAUAUUGUUAAGAUUUUGUGAUAUGCUGUUGCUAAUUUAUCAUCUUUAUUUUUAUAUAUUUAAUAUAAUUUUGUAAUUGGAAUUAUGCUUAUCUUUUUUUUUUUUUAAUAUUCACAUUCUGAGUAUGUGAUUUGCUAACAUUUAUUUAUUGCUUUUAUUUUGUUAUUUUCAUGGUAUUUUUGCUAUUUUCAUAAUUAAUAAUACAACUCCAUUAAAAUUUGAAACUGAUCAUUAAAUCUCUAGCACUAUGAAGAAACUAUGGUUGUUCAUCCUGCAUAGCCCCUUUUUUUUUAAACCGUUUGAGAGACCGAAAUUUUUAAAUUCAGAUUCAUAUGAUAUAUAGAGGAAUACAGAGGGAAAAUAUUUUCACAGAAUGAAAGAGUAACUUAGUACAUCAAUUAAUUGAUAGAUAAUAUUUCUCAUAUUUCUUGUCUUCUGUGAAACAAUUCAUGAUGUAAUAUAGCUGUGAAUAUUUGUAUAGUUUCUCCCUUUUAUAUGUCAGAAAUUCAGUAUUUUGCAGUCGUGUAAAAGUGCAUGAUUUGAGUUAUUUUAUUUUUAUAGAUUUAUGAAGUUUUAUUGAAUGUAAUUUUUUAAGCCAUUCAUUGUGCUACAUCUAGCUGUAUUAUUUUAAGCAUCUUUAAUUUUUUGUCGUAUCCUUUGAAAUUAGUUAAAUUUACAUAUUUCAAUCAUGUUUUAUGUUGAAGAUUUUCAAAACCAGGUAAUCUUAUGAAAAAAACUGGGUGAAUUAUUAAUCCUUUAUCAUAAUGAGAUUUUAUUGUUCUAAACAAAAAAGUGAAUUUCAUGUUAUUAAAAUUUUAUGAAUUUUUUAUUUUUCAUAACUAUAAAAAGUCUUUUAUGUAAUUGUGUUUUAUAUAAGCUAUUUUAUUUGAAACAUUAAAGAAAUGCUAUUAAUUUUCAAAAAUAUUUGAACUUUAUUUUAAAGUUUAAUGCAUGAUAAUUUGAAAAUAUCUUUAGAUAUCAAAUUUUUGAGUUUACAGAAUGAGAGAUAAAAUUUUCUCUGCCAUAAAAUGAAAGACUUUUAUAUUUAAUCAGCUCUUCAGGCAUUUUUGUAACGUGCCAAUAUGUUACUUCUUUUACAAAAUGAAAUUGUGAAACAGAACUACGCUGUCUUUUAUUUCUAGAUGCAUGUUUGUGAUGUAUGUAUCUUCUUUUAUGUUUGUAACUGAAGAUUUGAAUGUUUUACCUCCAUGUCAAUAUAAAUGUAUUUAUUUAGUGUGCAUUUCAUCCUAUCUUAAUUUAAGUACUUCCUUGAAUCUUUAUGGCACUGUUUUCAUAAGUUAAAUUGUGUUAAAACAAUACUUACUUUAUUUAUAUAGAUAAUGUCCUGAGUAACACAUCUUGUAUGUUUCCAGUCUGAAUGAGACUAAUAUCAAUUGAAUGGUGCUAUUUAUUCUCUUUUCUAUUAUUUGUUAUAUAAGCUUGUAAAAUAUUUUCAUUUUUCAUAAAUGUAUGAAUGUGAUGAACAAAUUUAUCUUGUAAAGAAUUUGCUUAGAUGAGGAAAUCUGCACUAAGGAGGCAAAAAUAUGUAUUAUUCCUUAGCUUAAGCACUUUUUUCUCUAGCCAUGAAAAGUGACUGUCUGUCUGCAUCUUGAUUAUACAUUCAUUAAACCAAUUAUUCUUCCAUACAAAAUAAUUGUAGCCUUUAAUAGUCUUGUUUCUUUUGACUAGUUUAUGAUUUAUGAAAAUGGAUUUCAGUAUUUUUAUAUUUUAUAAACUUAUAUUAUUUUUAAAUCAGAGACCAUGCAUUUUUAGUGACAUUAAUAUAUGCUUUCAUAAAAAAUGGGAAGGUCAAAGUUUCAGAGUGAAUAUUUGAAAUAGUAUUAUUCCAUGUUUUUGUUCGCCACCAUCAUAUGAUGUAUUGAAAAUGUCUGUUAAUUUUAAACAAAUGACACUUUUUUCAGUUAGAAUUAAUAUAAGUUUUUCAGUUGUUACUUUUUAAGCAAUUUCACUGUUUAAAGAACAAUAAAAUGCAUGCUUUUUAUACAAUUUCUUCUUUUCUUAUGACUUUGAGAUUAUAGGCAGUAUUUGAAAUAUGUCUAAAUUUCGAAAUUAAGCUUUCAAAAUUUAGACAUAUUCCAAAUACAGUCAUUAGAAGAUAACAUUUAAUUUUAAAACUUUAAGUGUUAUCUUCUAAUGAACUGUUUGUCAAUAUUUAUAUAUUUUAUGGCUUCACCAAUUAGGUUCGGUAAUGGUAUAAGGCAAAAGCAUAAUAAUGAAAUUAUGUGUAACAUAUAAAAUUGUUUCUAAAAUAAUUAUUUGUGAAAUUUAAUGUUAUGUUAUUUUAUUAAUAAAAGAUUGAAGGAUGUCUUGCUAAUCAUAAUUUGUUACUAUUUCAGUUUUUUAAUUAUGUGAAUGUAUUUGUGUGGAAGAUGCUUUUCUAUUUUAGAAUUAUGUUAAUUUUACAAACCAUUUUAUCAUUUCUGUUUCUUUUCUUGAAAUGUAGUCCGUUUUAAUUUUUUUUUUCAAAUUAUCAUUAAAUGUUUUAAUCUUCUGUACAUUUAAAAGAAACAAAUUGAAGACAUAUUAAUGUUGAUGAAAUGGUUGCAUAAUAAAAUAUUUCAUAUGUUAAAGUAUUAGAUAAUCUGUAGUUCCUCCUCAAGAAGGAUAUUUUAAACACAUCAGAGUUAUCUUAUAAUAUUUUUUUCAAUUAUUAUUUAAAUUGAAGGUUUAUAGGUGAUGUAUGUUUGUGCAAAAGAUGGAGCAUUACAAUGUCCCUAAACAUUGAAGGAAGACAUUUUUGUUACAAAAGAUAAUUUGUCAUCAGUAUUAAUUUUUAAAAAAUUUUCUACAAUCAUGUAUAUUAAAAAUAUUGUGAAAUGGAUUUAUGUAAACAUAAUUAUUUUGAUGCUUGCAUAUUCAAUAAUAGAAUCGUGAAAAGUAAAAACAAAUCGUAAUUAUUGUUAUGAACAGCUGUGCUCAUAAAAUGUACAGUUUCCAUGAUCUUUUUCUGUAAUAAUAUGGUAAAUGUUAUGAUUUUAAAAAAAAAAUUACAUGGAUUUCAAAAUUUUAUUUAUUUUGAGUUUUCAGGAAUAUUUGAAAGAAUGAAAACCUUAUUUUCAUUCUUUAAGAUGUUAUUGGGAAUUUCAUAGACAUUAUGAGCAACUGUAUCCAGUUUUCAUUUUACACAUGGAAAUUAUUGCAUUAAUAUUGCUAUCCCUGGAAUAUCUCUUGCAUUGUCAAAAAAUUUAGUGUUCAACUUUAUCUGAAUCAAAUGGAAAGAGGAAAGAAAAUACAGACGGAAAAAGUUUUGUCAUAGCUAUUUAUUUUUCAAUGUUUUACUGUGUUUAACUACUUAUAAUUCUUAACUCUCCACUUACAAACUUGCACAGUUAUUAAAUUUGAUGUAAUGUAAAUAAAUUUUUAAUCCUACUGUUCGUAAAUUUUUCAUAAAAAAUGGAAAAUUUGUUGCAAGCCAGUGAAAAGUUUGGUUGCUCGUAUAAAGUAAAUAUAUGAUAAAUUUUCAUCCUUGUAUUUAGUACAUAGUGUGCUAUAAUUUUCAAUAAAUCAUGUAGUAUGAGUUGAAAAUUCA